UGUGGUUGUUUUGAAUUCAACUCAAUAAUAAUAAUGUAAAACAUUCAUACAGAAAGUUAGUUGAUAAUUCAUUAAUUUAACUGGAGAUUGUUGACUAACGAUAAAGCUUGUCGUUUGGAUGUAAAGUCUUACUGAAAAAGGCUAUUUCUGUGUAGUUGAAAAUGGAUGAAACAGAAGCAAGAUACCUGCAUCUCCUCCAGCCCAUCAGGGACAUGACAAAAAACUGGGAGGUUGAUGUGGCUGCGCAGCUUGGGGAAUAUAUGCAUGAGUUAGAUCAGAUCUGUAUUUCUUUCGAUGGAGGUAAAACAACCAUGAACUUUGCAGAGGCUGCCCUACUUAUCCAAGGAUCAGCCUGUAUUUACAGCAAAAAGGUGGAAUACCUUUAUUCCCUGGUCUAUCAAGCACUGGACUUCAUCUCCAAUAAAAAACGAGACAAGCAACCAGCAUCUGUUGGAGUGGAUGGUGUUGAUAAAGAUGCAACCUUUGCACAGAGAAAUGAAGAGGAGGAGUUUCUUUCACUGGAUGACAUUAGUGGCACCAACAAAUCAAACAUGGACAUGAGGAAAAAUAAUUCUCCCAAUGUUGUGGACGUAGUUCCACUGACUCCCAUGGGUUUAGUGCCCCCCGAAGAAGCAGAGAAAAAGGACAACCCACUUUACAGCCGGAAAGGUGAAAUCCUUGCAAGCUGUAAGGAUUUCAGGGUGAACACUUACACACCCCAUGCCAAUGGGGCUUUUGUCCUGGACCUGGCAGGAGUCUCUCCUAUAGGGGAGUUUUUAAGGGAGGGGAACAACAGGAAUGCUUCAGUAUUGGUCGUCGGCCUAGGUGAUGAAAAUGGAAACCUACGAGCAGGGACCAGCAACAGUGAGGCACCACUACCGAUUCUCAACUUUUCAGACCCAGGAGGCGCUGGAGAUAAUGACUGCAAUGAUGGUGAUGCUGGCGAUGCAUUUCCUCCACUUGCAGAGGGCAAUGGGAUUGAGGUAGAACCAUCUCCAUCAGAGCACGUUGAGAGACGCCAGGUAAGUUUACAGAAAGCUUUUAAAGGUAAGGUUACAAAUUAUGUCAUCAUUAGCCAGUAUAUAUGGUGGCUAGUAAAGCUAAUGCCCAACUUUUAUUUUCAUUCUCAUUUCUCUUUUUUUUUUUUGUAUGUAGGCGCUGGAGAUAAUGACUGCAAUGAUGGUGAUGCUGGCGAUGCAUUUCCUCCACUUGCAGAGGGCAAUGGGAUUGAGGUAGAACCAUCUCCAUCAGAGCACGUUGAGAGACGCCAGGCUGUAAGUGACAGAUAUAUGCUGAGAGAAAGGGCUCUUGCACCAGCUGAGACUGAGAAACCAAAGGAAUUCCUGGAUCCAUGGAGAAGUCUUGACCCUUUUAAUAAUUCAGAAGGCAAGCCCUUUAAAAAAGGCAAGCAUUUUACAAUCCCCCGAGGUGUUGAAGAAACAACUGGAAACAAUAGAAAAAGAAAAGGCCCCACAAAGCUACAGGACUUUAGGAAAUGGUUCUCAGGGACAUAUUAUGAAGGUGCUGAUGUCAAGGGUAAGAAAAAAGGACCAACAUUUGCAGACAUGGAGGUGCUGUAUUGGAAGCACAUGAAAGAGAGGCUGAUUGCACAGAAGAAGAUACAAAAGAAAAUGGGGAUAUUAUUUUCUAAUGAGAUUGCUGAGCACCAGAAUAAAGAUUUGGAAAAUGCAGAGGAACAAAAUGAAGUUGAGGACAACAGACAUGAUGAUUACCUUGAUAAUGAUGGAGGAGACGAUUUCUCGGAUCAUGAAAACUUGGCACAAGACUUCCCUGCAGUAAUACUGGACGAGGAGGGACUGGCAGCUACUGAGCCCCAGGAGGAAAGGCUGAGUUACGAGGAUCUGGUCCGCAGAAAUGUGGAUCUGUUUAUUGCUAACUCCCAGAAGUAUGCACGAGAGACAGUUCUAUCUAUCAGAGUGAGAGACUGGGAAGACAAGAUGGGCCCACAGCUAACUGAACAGGAAGAAAGAGUAGCCUUUGACAUCCAUGACUACGGGGACAAGAUUGUGGAUGCUUUCAGCCAAGUGGGAGAGAGACGCACGUUUGCUAGCAUUGUGAAGGGGAAGGAAGCGUUUGAAGUGUGCCGCUACAAGCUGGCAUCUUUGCAACUGGCGAACGACUGCACAGUAAAGAUAGAUAAAAAACCAGGACUAUAUGAAUCUAUUGAUUCCAUGGAACUAACCCUGCUAAGCAAACAGCGAGCACAUGAAAGAUUUCAAACAUAUGCUGCUCCUUCCCUUACUGAUUUCUGAUCCCAGUGGAACUAUGGACACAUUGGUGUUUAUUGGAUUUAAGUUUUUAGGAAAUGCAUUGAUAAGUCAAUAAAUUGAAGCUUCUAAAUUUCUCAAAAAAAUAUGGACAUGCAACCAGGUAAAUGCUCCCACAUGAAAGCUCACUGAAGCAAGUAACUACACUUGCAUUUCCUAUACCACAGACUUAAUAUAUGAUUUCAAGGUCUUUGUAUUUUAUGAAUGUACUUAUAUAUAUAAAACAAUAUAUAUAUGCUGAGCCUUGCACUGAUUAGAUUAUUAUUUUUUUAUAGGCUAAUUGGCUUUUCUUUCUUUACUCCAAUAAAUAUGCCUUACUUGCAUCUAUUUCACAAAAACAGAAAAACAUGAAUAAAAUGGCAAUUUUCUUGUCAGUAGUUUUAUGUAGAAGAAUGACCAUAUUCAGCUCGGUGCUGAAUGUAUAAUUAUUAUACCUGUACUACAAAACAUAAUAAAAGCUACAAAGGAUUUCUUUUUAACUUGCUGUGGCUGGCAAUUGUAACCUUGGUAGUGAAUAAUACCAUACAGUUUUGAUGAUUUUUAAAGAAUGUUUCUGCUGUACAUUACUAGUUUGAAUUGUGUGGCAGUAAACCAUUUGUAUUAUAUUGUUAUAAGGCCUAUUACUAAUUACGUUUUUUUAACAAUUACUAUUAAAAUCAAAUGGUAGCGAAACCGCAGAGCUGGAUCCAUUCAAUGAACUGGGGCUACAUGUUCGCUAUUUUUUGGCUAAUGAGCUAAGGCUAAAUAAGCAAAAUAUUAAAUGGAUUAUUUCAUGUGGUAUUGCUUUCAAAUACUGUAUAUUGAUGGCAAUUUGUAUUUGUUUACUUCAGGAUUAAGUUAAGUUAAACGCAAUUAAUAAAUGUAAUACAUUAAUUGUUAAAAGGGAGUUUACUUUUUGUUUCCAUGUCUUUUCAUAAGACUUUCACCUCUGGUGGCCUGCUUUUGGAUUCACACUGCAUCACUUUCUCCAGGGUCUUGGUCUUAGAAAAACAAACACUAUUUGGCACUAGACAUGUUAGCUUACU